UCGGGGGGUUCGGACGAACCCCCCCGCUGAAGCAAAUGGUCCGCUUUCAGAACAAACAUUCGAGAUGGGCAGGCCAGAGAAAAGAAAACAGGAACUGAAAAUUGCAUCCAAGAGAUGUCAAUCCCUGGAUAAAUUCUUUAACAAUAAACGACCACGACCAAGAGAAGGGCAAACCCAACAGGCACCACGAGAAGAACGCCCGACUCCUGACGAAAAAAGUAAUCCAUCAGAAUCGCCAUCAGGGUCUGCUAGCGAAGGAUACAAAGAAGAAUCCCAAACCAAGACACCUACUGCAACAAUUAACGAUAUUGGACAUAUCAUUACUGCAACAAUGUCAGUACUAGAUAUUAAAAAAGCAAUUGAAGGACUCUCUGAUGGAGAAAAAUAUACACUAAUCAAACACCAUAGCCAGCCGUCCGAAACAUAUACAUUUCCUAUAAUAUAUGUUGGUGGCUGUAACCGCAGUUUUAAACUCAGCUGGUUGAAGGAAUAUCAAUGGUUAGUUUAUAGCCAAAAACUCGAUGGUGCCUUUUGCAUCAUGUGUUCACUUUUCUGUAUGAAUCGAGAAGGGAAAGGGCAAUUUGUCAAUCGGCCAUUUAUAAAUUGGCAAAAGAAGUCCGAAAAGUGCAAAAGCCACGAAAGCAACGAGUACCACCAAGAGGCAAUGCAAAUUGCAGACACGUUCAUCAAAAGUAUUGAAAAUCCUAAUGCCACUAUUCCAAUUUUGAUGGAAAACAAUAGGUCAAAGAACAUUGACAAAAACCGAGAAAUACUUCGAUGCAUUGCAGAAGCAAUUGUGUAUUGUGGCAAGCAAGGUAUAGCAUUACGUGGGAAGAACGAACACUUGGAGGAUGAGAAAAACAAACCCGGGAAAUUUUCUCUCCUUGAUCAAGGUACUGGCUAG